CUACAUAAAACAAUUCAAAAGCGCUUCGAUUUGGAUCUACUGAUCAAGAGAAAAGGUCAAUAUGGCAACCCUUAGGAAUCUGAAGAUCAAAACAGGCACUUGCAAGCGCAUCAUUAAAGAACUGCACUCUUAUGAGAAAGAGGUUGAAAGAGAAGCAGCUAAAACUGCUGACAUGAAAGAGAAAGGAGCUGAUCCAUAUGAUCUUAAGCAGCAGGAAAAUGUUUUGGCUGAGUCAAGGAUGAUGAUUCCAGAUUGCCACAAACGCCUGGAGACCUCACUAGCUGAUCUAAAAGGAACUCUGGCGGAGCUAGAGGAAGCAGAUCAACAAGGCCCUGAAAUGGAUGAAGCUCGAAGCACUAUUACUGAGGUCGAAGCUUUGUUUCAAAAGAAGGAUGCUUAAUGUUUCAGCAUAAAUCAGUUAGUUAGAAUUUUCUCUACCUCUACACCCUCCCCCUCCCCUUCACCUUUCCGUUGAGGGGAUUUGUAUGAUGUCCUUUGCUCAUCAUGAUGUGUUUGUAUGCCUUGGUGUCAUGAUGAAUUUCAAGCCUUGUGUUUUUGGCACUGGGAUUGUGGGAUUGUAUCUUCUAUCGUUUUACAUACAACUGUAUGAAACAUAGAAUUCGAU